UACGAACUGUCUGAUUAUGCUCCCGGUUUGUCAAACAACGAGUUCUUAUGCCCACAACGCGGUCGCAUGGGUCGAUUCGAUGGAAAUUUCGUACACAGUCACCAAGGUCAUGCACUGCUAAUUCAAACGGCUUAUUGGCCCACACAAAAUGGACGAUGCGAAUCAGAACAGUGGUCUUCGGCCGCAUUUAAUGGUCUCAUCGGUUGGACGAAUAAAGGAGGAGUAUUCUGUCAGAGCUGCGGAUUGGUCAAAUUUACAAACAUGGUACUGAUCAACACCAUGGGUGAUUCAUUCCACACAGAAGUGUUACCCUUGACAAAAUCGGCUGAGAUAUAUGCUCCCAUGUAUCAGAAUCUGACUAUUGUCGCUAAAGAACCACAGAAGGAUUCCGUGGCAAAGUGGUCUGGAAUUGUGCUACCCAGGUUCUCGGCACUGACAUUCACGAAUGUGCAGUUCGAGGGUUUUAACGGAGAACGCUUGGCUGCUAUUAGAGGAUCGAACCGGAAUGAUUCCGGGUGUACAUCCCAGUGUAUGGGUCAGGAACACAACGUACAAGGAAUCUCUUGGNUCUCUUGGAUCAACACUGAUAAUCGUGUGCAAUUUGAACACCCAUUCGAGUUCAUGCUUCGCGAUAGGGACGGAAGUAUGACUGCCAAUCUCCCCAAUGUCUCCGUUCUCCGAGAAUCUUCAAUCGUGCCAGCCUCCGAUCUGCUACCGAGCGACAAAUGUGGGCCGUUGAACGGUGACUUGGGGCCCGCUUUUGCUUGGGGCAAGCUGCCUGGUGUUCGUUGUUUGCCCGAAGUGUUGCUCAUUCGUUUGGGCAUCAGUCACGUGAAACUGAACGCGUAUAAGCCCGAGGGACAAUUGCAGAUCACUCACCUGAAUGAAUCAGAUCCCAGUUCUGGGAGGAGCACAAUGAUCCAAUCGGAGUAUGGACAGUGGCUGGCGGUCGUGGGAGCCAAGAACACGUACAUUUUGGAUUUUCCGGACCACAAAUCUCCCGUGCAUAGUUUGGCCUAUAAAGCACAGUUCAUUGUCUGGAGUGAUCCUACCUAUCUGGUCAUUCGACACGAGAAUAUCCGCCCGCCACAGCCACGCAUACAAAUUUACAUCAACGGUUUGAGCAUCCCUGUGAGCAAUCAGUCAUUGGAGACCGAGGAAGUGAAUGCAACAGCAUUUUACAAUGAGACAGGAAACUAUCUGGAGUAUAGAUGUGAGCGUGAAGUAUUUGAUGAAUUUGAGGACGCGUGGGUGAUCUAUUUUGAGCGCAUAUACGGACGCAAACACACACUCAUAAAAGCUGAUCCAAAUGCAUAA